UUCAAUCCCUUUUUCUUAACCCAGUCUUUUGUCAGACACAAGGACCGUCACAUAUAAAAAGCAGUGUCACCAACAUCUGUCCGUGUACUCUGAAUUCUCAAAGAAGCAGACAGAGGCCGGAGAUGACGAGGACUACUGAACUCGCCCCCCUCCUCGCCGCCGCCAUCGCCGUCUCCUUCUUGUCGGCGGCGGCAGCGUCCAACACCACCACCUCGUCACACCCCGGCCGCCUCCAAGGCCUCCUCGCCGAAGUGUCGCGAUGGCGGGAACGCCACCUGGCCGAGCCGUCCUCGCCCUCGGGCGGGGUCCGGCCGAACACCGUGGCCGCGUGGGUGCUCUCCUUCUUCGCCGCGUCCGUGUCGAGCGCCGGCGGCGUGGGCGGCGGGUCGCUGUUCCUGCCCAUCCUGAACCUGGUGGCGGGGCUGAGCCUGAAGCGCGCCACGGCCUACUCGUCCUUCAUGGUGACGGGCGGCGCGGCGUCGAACGUGCUGUACAACCUGGCGUGCGCGGGCGGCGGCGGGCGGCGGCUGAUCGACUACGACGUCGCGCUGCUGUUCCAGCCGUGCCUGCUCCUGGGCGUGAGCAUCGGGGUGGUGUGCAACGUCAUGUUCCCCGAGUGGCUCAUCACCGUGCUCUUCUCCCUGUUCCUCGCCUUCUGCACCGUCAAGACGUGCCGCGCCGGGCUCAAGAUCUGGCGCUCCGAGACCCGCGCCGGGGAUGCACGCUGCGCCGCCCACCUCAGCAUCACGGAGCCCCUGCUGCUCGCGAGCGACGGCCAGGACGGCGGCCGCGGCAAUGUCGCGGGGUUCCCGUGGAAGGACGUGGCGCUGCUGGUCGUGGUGUGGCUCUGCUUCUUCGCGCUCCAUGUCCUCAUUGGAGAUAAGCACGGAAAGGGUGUGAUCAGGAUAAAACCCUGCGGCGUCACCUACUGGCUCAUCACUUCGUCCCAGCUACCCGCCGCCGUGGCUUUCACAGGGUAUAUCAUAUACGCCAAGAGGAAGAAACGCGUUGUCUGUAGCCAAGAGGAUGGCAAGGCAGAGCUCGUGGGAGCUACAGCUACAAUGGAGACUCUGCCGUCACUUACACUCCCGCUGGCGGCUUUAGUCACUGGGGCUCUGAGUGGCCUCUUCGGCAUUGGAGGGGGACUGCUUCUCAACCCUGUUCUUCUUCAGAUCGGAAUAAACCCGCAGACAGCAGCAGCGACGUCUUCGUUCAUGGUCCUGUUCUGCGCGUCGAUGUCCAUGGUUCAGUUCAUCCUGCUGGGCAUGGAAGGCAUCGGACAGGCCUCCGUUUACGCGGGGAUAUGCUUCGUCGCGUCGGUCGUCGGGCUCGUCGUGAUCGAGCGGGCCAUCAGGAAGUCCGGGCGGGUCUCGCUGAUCGUGUUCCUGGUGACCGCCAUCAUGGCGCUCAGCACGGUGAUCGUCACCUGCUUCGGAGCGCAGGAUGUCUUGAUGCAGUACACCAGCGGAGCGUACAUGGGCUUCAAGUUGCCUUGCUGAGGUCUUCAGAAUGACAGAGGGUUUUGGCUUGGCCUUGGCCUUUUGGGCUUUCUGAAGAAAGGUUUUUCUCUUGAUUUUUAUAUAUUGUAAUGGCUAGCUUGGGGCUUACUUGCUGAAAUAAUUUUCCUGCCGGUGAGCUUCCUGGAAAGAGGCAGGAUUGAUUGUGGACACUGAUUACGCUUAUGAUGAAGUCAGGUCUUCUAUGUAGUAGUAUGAGUCGCUAUAGUCCUAUUGUUAAAUCGCUCCUUUCAGUAUGCACUUGUUCACCGGUGAUUUGCUACUUGAGCUGUCAGAAAGGAUACUUAUACGAAUGUUCUGGUGU